UGAACAUAGCGUGAAUCGGAAGGCAAAACAAAAGAAAAAUGGCGGUGAGAAAUUUAGCAUCUAAACUCCCAUUCCUCAAACAUCUCCGUUCCAAUUUCGCUCCCUUUUCGCCUCAUGCCCAUUUCAUAUUCCAGACCUCCAGGAUCGUUAGCAGCAGCACACCUCUUGCAGCCGCGAAAUGUGUGACUGCAGGGCAAAUAUGUAAAUUUGGCGGCGUCGCAUCGUUCCAUUCGGGUCAGGUUCUGAGAAAUGCGGAGCCUGAGGUGGAGCAGGGCGGGCAAAAUAGUGCUGGUCCGGUAACGAAAAGGAAGAAAUUGAAAGGGAAGAGAGCUGUGGUGAAGUGGUUGAAGUUAUUCAGGUAUAAGAAGAAGAAAACCUUUGAAAGGAUGACUGCGGAAGAGAAAAUCCUCUACAAAUUGAUGAAGGCUCGGAGGAAAGAGGAAAGAUUACUUGAAGCCCUCAGAAAGAUCGAGCCUAAAGAGACAUCGGACACGAUGCACGACCCUGAAAUAUUGACACCCGAAGAACACUUUUACUUUUUGAAGAUGGGCGAGAAGAGCAAAAAUUAUGUCCCUGUUGGGAGACGGGGAUUAUAUCAAGGCGUUAUACUGAACAUGCACUUGCACUGGAAGAAGCAUCAGACAUUGAAGGUCAUCGUGAAGACUUUCUCCCCUGAGGAAGUGAAGGAGAUUGCCUCAGAGCUGGCGCGUUUGAGCGGUGGGAUUGUGCUCGAUAUUCAGGAAGAUAACACCAUAAUCAUGUACAGAGGGAAGAACUAUACCCAACCCCCGACCGAGAUAAUGUCUCCAAGGGAAACCCUAUCGAGAAAGAAGGCCUUGGAUAAAUCGAGAUAUAGGGACGCUCUGAGGGCUGUUAAGAGAUAUAUCCCAAGAUUGGAGCAGGAACUCGAGCUGCUUCAAGCUCAGGCGGGAAGUGAACCUACGACGAAUGAAGAAAAACAGGCAAAUGAUGCUGGUGAUCUAGAAUCCGGGAACCAUCCCAAUCGAGAGUUUGAAGGGUCUGAUAGGCUGAAAGAACUAUUGACUAAAAGUGAAGAAAAUGGAACCAAUUCGAGCGUAGACUUGGAUAUGGUUUCGGAUUCUGAAGAUCUGUCUGAUAUUUUUGAGUCGGAGUCGGAAGCGGAGACGGAAGGGAAAGAUUUAAAGCCUCUUUACAUGGACGAGUUUGAAAAGUUUCCGGUACUGGGUGAGGCAGAGGAUGACGAUUUCGAAGAACAUUUGUGCCAAAUAUCUGCUGAUAUGAAAAAGGGGAAAUCACUGAACAGAGAUGUAGAGGCAGAGGAUCUCGAUGAGGUUGAUCGAAUGGUUCUACGAGCUGCUUCACUUUUGAAAAAAAAGAGGAAAUGAUCACAUAAGAGACUUAAGGGUAUGUUUGAUAGGGUAGAUAAGGGUCUUGCCGUAAUCUUGAAAGCUCGUGAGAUUGCCCAAACCCAUGCUAAAAACACAUUUUUAGCCAGGUUAGCUAUCACACCAUUACCCUGCGAUAGCUAAUCUGGCUUUUCACUGUUCAUCAAGAAUAACUUUAUUCUUCUUCUCUCUCGCCGUCUGCAACCAGGAAAGAAAAACCCUUCCCCUUUUUCUCUUUCUUCACUCAUUUCCAUUGCUUCUGAAAUUGAAGUCUUUGCUAUGGCUUGCUCAAUUUCUAUAGAAAGUUCAUUAUUCUCUUCUAAAUACCACUCUUCCUCUUUCCCAUCUUGUACAAAACUUAAUUUUCUCAAAAAGGAAAUUGAGAGAUUGUCUGCAAAAGAAUCUCUGCUUCUUGCCGUAUGAUUACGAUUCUGAAUAUUUUUUAGUUUUCCCAUUUUUGGUGAAAUUUGAAGUGUUUGGUGGUUUCUUGAGAAUAUUUUGUGAGGUAGAUUCUUGAUGAUUGGAGAUUUUCUCCGAUGGGACAAUUGAUUUUGGUAUUUUGAUUGGAGUUCUUUGAAUGCUGACACCAAAGAAUUGUCAGCAUCUUCUUGAUCGAUCCAGCUAGAAUUUUUCUGGGAUUUGGUGCCAAGGGCACUUAACGUGGGAUUUUGAAUGAUGGGGCUUCAUCAUAGACUUGUUCUUAGGGGAUGCUUGUUUGUUCAGAUCUGAGAUUUUCGUGGUUGUAAAGCGUCGAAUUUAGGGAGAUUUUUCCGGUGGAGUUAAGUUUCUUGAGCUUUGAUUUGAUGGUGGAGUUUGAUGAUUAUGUGUCCUUGAUGAGUUAGUUUUGUACUUGGAUGAAUUAGAUGGGACAUUGGUGAUCACUUUGGUCCGAUUCUUGGAUGACAAUGAAGUAGAUUUAAUGAGUUUGGUUUGGUUUUGGUGAAGAUUUAGUGAUGGAUAUGGACCUUUGUCUUGAUGAGGCAAGUCUUGAUCAUAUCUUCAGACAGUAAGCUUUGUGGCAGGGCAGAAACAAGUGAAAAAGUGACGAAAAGAAGAUAGCAGUGCUGGCUGGGUCUGAUGUUUGUUGAGUGCUGCUGUGCUCGUUGGGGACAUGGGAGAGCUUUGGAGAGUUGUGUUGGCAAAUGCAUACGAUGUAAAUGGGAAAUGGGAGAAAGUGUGAGGUGCGAAGAGGAUGAGUAAGGAAGGAGGGUGGAGUAUGUGAAUGUGGAUAUAUAAGGUUAAGGGCUGGUUGAAGAUUAAUAUGCAGAGUGAGUGAUUGGAUUUUCUUUACUUAGAAGAAGCAUCCAUUCCAUUGAUGACUAUUGAGGCAUAGAUGAUUUGCAGAGUAAAAUGCUCACAAGUGGACAUUGGUUUGGAAAAUAGUUAGUUUUAUCAAAUUUAUCAUGUCACUUGUUAAUAAUGCAUGUUUUAUCAAAUUUGUGGAUUUGGACUAUUUUACUUGUGAUCAAUUUGAAAGCUUGACUAGAA